CGUCGCGCGUCUUUCAGUGUUGGCGGGUGUUUGUAGACUGUGGGCCGCGGGAGAGCACCUCAGCUGACUGCAGAGAUACUUCACUGUCCCGGAUAGUCGUUAUAAUCGUGAAAAUGUCUGAGUGGACCAGAGGCAGACGACACGAUGGUCACAGUAGCCAGUAUGACGAAAGGAGCAGGUGUCGGUGGUCCCACUGCAGGAAGAGAGGGGUUGAUGGAAGCUUGCGGGCCAACAGAGAGGAGGAAGGUGGUGACAGAGAAAACGGCAGACACACCGACAGCAGCUACAGGCACUCUGACAACAGACCUGCCAGUUUCACCACACCAGAGAGCACAGGCCCAGUGUCUCGCUGUGGUAGACAGGCUGACUGGGGCAGCCAGGUAGAGGAUGAUGAGAUGAAGAGGGAUGUACAUAGAGACAUGCAGCGUUACAGAAGGAGGAUACUGGGUGCAGAGGUCACCCAGAGAGAGAGAAGGACCUCGUCUGGCUCUUCUGGAAGCUGUGACUCCAGAGAGGGAGAAAACAUCGAGACGGAUGAAGCUGUGUUGCUACGGCGACAGAAACAGAUCAACUAUGGCAAGAACACACUGGCCUACGACCGAUACAUCAAGGAAGUUCCAAAACACAUGCGUCAGCCGGGCGUCCACCCAAAGACUCCCAAUAAGUUCAGGAAGUACAGCCGUCGCUCGUGGGAUCAGCAGAUCAAACUAUGGAAGGUCAAACUGCACGCUUGGGACCCCCCAGCACAGGACGGCCAAGACAAAGUCCUUGAUAACAUUGAGGAGCUGGGUCUUGAUGAUGUAAUGGACAUCGAGCUCGACUUCCCAACCCUUUCGGACUCCCAGAAUGCCCCAGCCUCUGUCACAUCGCACAGCUUUUCACUGGAGGGUGAGGACUGUUCAGGGACUCCAGUUAAAAUACAGAAGACGGACACCGCCGUGGAGCCUGACACGCCAUAGCUCCUUAUUGGCCUUCUCCAGAACAUUACAGCACGUUCACUCACAUCUCAGAUGGUUCAGCCGUCUCCCUGCAACACUGACCUCUCACCACAGUCCAUCAUGUCACUUAGAGUGAGUCUGUUCCGGGUACUGGCUACUUGGUCUGCUGGAGGCACUUCCGCAUCUGCACAGCUUUCACAACGCUGUGUCUGUGUCUCAGCUGGUUGUUAUUGGUUCAGCACUGUACCAGCUUUAGUAUUUUUAUUUUUUUUUUUCUAUUUGUACUAGUGCUUCUUAACCCAUAUGUUAGAACCUUUCACAGAUUAUUAAUCUGCUCAGGGAGUCUUCUGUUGUCACGUGGUUUUCAAGUUGCAUGUUAAAUCAAGCCUCGUCAGUUUAAAUGGUUUAGGAUUCAGUCUUCACAAAAACACUUACAGCACUAAUCUGUGGCCUGGCGCAGCAGACAUUCGGGUGUGUUGAUGUCUCUUAGGUGAAAAUGUUAAAGCAUGCCCUGAUUGUACUGAGCUCCAAGGGUUCACCAAGUAGUUAAAAGGGGAUAGGCAAACCAAAGGCAAGGUAUUUUUCUUUUAAUGAUUCAUAUUGGCAAGAUUUUUUUUUUUUUCAGGAGAAUUUUAAAAACUGAAUAGCUUUCCUUCAGUUUUAUUGGGCUGUGAUUUAUUUUUUACAUGGGUUGUUUUUUAAUACAAAUGUUUCUGUGUUUCUUAUUGCUGUUUCCUUCAUGGUGAAGACUUUCAAAUAAAAAAAAACUUGAA